CAAGCUCUGGACCGAUGUACCAUAGCUGAAAGCAUCUCCUUUAGACCCUGCCUGUGACUAAACAAUAACAACUACACUUAUUUGAAGAUCCUUGCAAUGGUUUUGAACUCAUUUCCUUCUUCCAAAGUUAAAGAAUGGUUUUAUCACAUUGGCAUUGGCGGGGAAAAUGUAACCCAUUUAACUGAAUCCGAGGAAAUAUUGGUUUCAAAUUUUGGCAUCAGUUCAGCAAUUUCGGGGGAAAGAGUAAGUCGAUUACAUCGACUCCAGUGUUCAACUGGUACUUAUUUUAUCGACCCAGAAAGGAUGAAAGGCUAUGUCGAUCUCAGCGGCAUUUGAACUCAGAAUGUAAAAUCGGACGAAAUGCCGCUAAACAUUUUGCCCAGAGUAGAUAGAUAGAUAGAUUUCUGCCGAUUAAAUAAUAAAUAUAUAUGUGAUAAAGUACAUUUAGAUUUGCUGUUUUACACGAAACUCGAGCCCCUCAGUAACUUUCAAAGUGUUUUCAGCUUCAAAAAAUAAUAUAUUUAUCACAAUUUCCUGUUAGAAUUUCCCAUGUUUUAGGAAGGUGAAGCUUAGGAUUAUUUUUCUGUAAUAUUCGUUUAAUUUGCCAAUCCAAUUCGGUUAUUCAGCUGUGUCUCGCUCACAGUGACCCGUCGCCCGUUAUUGAUACUUAUAUUAAGCAAAUAUUAAUACCAGCUUGUGGUUUUGUUAUGCUCUAGUAAAUGCAGAUGACUAGCUUCCGAAAAUGACUUUAAAAAGGGAGUUACAAUAUAAUGAGGUGGGAGGAAAUUUAUAUUAAUCGUUAUAUACUAAAUUAUUCCUCCCUCGUCUCUUGCUCUCUCUUUCGCUCGGGAUAUUUAUCUACCGCUAAACAAUUUUUGAAAGCAACUUACUGUGGCAACAACGCUACUUCAGCAUUAACAAACACCGAUAAAUCGGCUAAGACAUGGUAUUUUCUUCGUUUAUUUAGUAAUUCGUUGACACUCAUUUGCUUUUCAAUUUCUAAAAUUAUCGUAUCACUAGACGAAAACACUGUGCGCACUUUGUGAGGUGGUAAACAGAACAAAAAUCUGCUGCUGCCCGACUAAUAACAAACAAUGCAGUGAGCCAUCACAUUUGGUGAGACUGUAUUCACUUUGGAUUAUAUCCAAAGAUUUUUUAGCAAACCAGUAACUUUCAAAUGUUGCCACCACUGCUGAAUAACAAUAACUUAUAGUAAUUGUCAUCUCUAAUAGUUCGUCAAUUUAGUAAAUGAUUCCAAACUAUGUUGAUUACAGAUUUCCCGCAUGAGGUACUUACGUAUCUAUUCAAGUUUCUUCCAGGCCCACAAUUGGCUCCUUUGCGACUUGUCAACAAAAAAAUGUUGUAUGUUGUAUCUCAAGACGCAGUAUGGAUGGACAAAUGUAAUCGAGAAUAUAAUAUAAAGAGCUUAACUAACUGGGGAUUCAAUUCCUAUUAUGAGCUUUAUACCCAAGUUCUUCACAAGUUUGGAUUUUUAAUUGGAAUUUGGAGAGCUGUGAUGUCUCCUUAUGGAAGCCUGAUUAAAUUUGAGCCUAAAGAUGGUAAGGUUCUUGGACAAGAACUCUCAGCACCCUGUCCACCAAAUAUCAAUUCACCAUUACGCAGAAAAUUACUUUUUUCAAUUGAAGUAGAAGACUCCGAAGUGAAGACCCUGUGUCAUAUGGGACCAAACAAUAUUCCUCAUCAGUGCAACAUAUUUGCUGUUGAUGGAGAUAAGUCUCUGGUGAAAUUUGAAUGCUGUGUAGAAGCAGCUCACCGUAAUCCUGGUGGCAUGAGACGGGAAUUUGAACAAUUUCUGAUGGAUGAAAGCAGUGAAAUUACAGAAAUAAUAUUUACUGGUAAAAUUGAACUGCUGCAAAAGUUUUGGGUGUUAAAAAGAUUUGAAUCUGGCUUUGAUAUGGUUAAGGUCCAUAUUCCAACAGCCUCUCCACUCACCAUUCUUGAUGCUGGUAUGUACAAAGGGGAUUAUAAUACGUUUGGUUAUGAACUGGUUCUAGUUUCAUUUUCUGAAGACGGUGAUGCUAUUCUAGCUUCAAAAGUCACGGGUGACCCCCAUGUGUCAGGGGGUGAAAAAGCAUUUGAGAUAAAUUUAACUGCACCAAUACUUCUUCGGGAAGAUCAACAAACAACAAUGAGUAUUGUUCAACAGCAUCAAUGGACAGUAGUACAAAGCUAUGAGAAAUUACCUGAACAAGCAUUUAUUAUCCCUCAAGAUUGUCUAUAUGAAGGCCCUAAUUUUCCAACUACCUGCAGUGCCAGAUUUCAUGGCAAGUUCCAAGUGCUUUCACCAAGUCAAAACACAGCUGAUUUAUUUGACUGUCACCUCAUUGUUUUUAACAGAAAAUUGUUUACAAUUCUUACUUUUGAAACAAAGCAACUUUAUAGUUUUCAUCAUGUAGAAGAAACUUCCUUAUAACAAAGAUCUCAAUUUUAUUAUAUUUUUUUUACUGUGAUUUUAAUACUCCUUUUACAAUUUCAUUUAAACAAAUGAGGUUGGUACACUUAACUGAGAUUUUCCAUUUCUACUUUUUUUUUUUUUACAAAUUAAGACAUUUUUAUAUUACUGAAGUAGAUGUUUUACUGCAUCAUGUGCCAUGCUAACCUUCAACAUUGCACCAUCAAGUAAAAGCAAAAUUUCUUAUAUCCAUCAUAGACUCACCUCACUCAUAUCCAAGGCAGCAAAUCAGCAGUCAUUAGGAUGUUGGAUGAAAUGCUUUGCAGUUUUAUUUCUGACACCCAAUUUUUAUGAGUUCUAAUCCUGCCUAAGUCAACUUUGCCUUUCAUCCUUUCUGGGUCAAUAAAGUACCAAUCUAGAACAAUGGAUAGGCAGAACUUUAAGAAUGUCAAAUCAGGUACCUUGUAUUUGUUCUGCUUCUUGGCAUUCUGAAUUCAAAUUCCACCAAGACCAACUGAAGUGAUAGACUUAAUUCUUCACUUAGUUUGACAAUGAUACCUGGCACUUUGGGUAUUUUUAGUGGAGUCCAUUCAGUUGUGAUCAUUUAGGCUAGCUUUCUGGUUUGAGGAUACCUUCUUCCUUCCCUCCCACUCAUCUUGGGGGCUCAGUGAGGAUCAUGGACUCUGCCUUCCCUCUUAAAAAGAUACAUAAAACACACAAGUAGAUUCUGUUAUCAUGGAGGUAGACUAGAACUUGGAAAAGUUAGUGGCAGUAGAUCUAUCUGCAAGAGUAAAUACAAUGAAAGCAAUAACAAAAAAGAUGUUAAGAUUGCUAAAGAGAGGAAAUAUUUAAUUUUUGGAGCAAAGCCCUUCAUUAGAAAAUAAGAAAAUAAUCAAUUGGGAAACGUUAGAAUAGAAAGAGGCCAACUGGAAGAAUCUUCAUGGGUUUUCUUAAUAUCUUGUUUGUCUUUAUAUCUAUUGUAAGAGAAGCUAAAGAAUUAAGAUAGCUGAGUGGAUAGGGUACCAUAAGACAACUGAGAGCUUGGCAGUUUUACAUCCUGUCACUAGCACUAUGUUGUUCACGGCCAAGAUGCUUAACUUUCAAAUAUUUUAGUCAAUCUAACUGAAGAGAUCUCACAAGGUAUGAACAAUUCACCAUUGCAAGCAGUGGCGGGGCUGCAAAAUUGACAAGCAGUUCAUUAAUUCCAAUUAAAAGUUCAGUGUCUGAUAUCAAGUAUAGUUUUUAGAAAGCUGAAUUUAGUGGGGCUGAUUUACAAAAUAGCAGUUGUUUAAUUAAGAAGCUUGCUUUCCAACCAUGAAGUCUUGGAUUUGAACCUACUGUACAGCACCUUGGGAAGUGUUUUCUACUACAGCCCUGGGCUGACCAAACCCUUACACGAGGAUUUGGUAGAUAGAAACUGAAAGAAGCUUGUUGUGUAUAUCCAAGUGUAUAUGUAUGUGCAUGAGUGUGUAUUUGUCUUGAUAUUACUUGGUGAUUGUAAAUGAGCAACAUUGUCAUACAAAUGAGGUUGUUCAUCUCAGGUCUUUUGUGAAAAAACGUCUAGUUAUGGGGAAAAAAUAUUAAUUUGCUUGGAAAACAGAUGAGGGUUGGUGACAGCAAGUACAUCUGGAUAUAGAAAAACUACCUCAACAUAUUCCAUUUGACCCAUGCAAGCAUAGAAUAGUAGAUGUUAAAUGAUUAAGACUGAUACUUCAGUAUUGCCCUUUAGGCUUAUGAAACACAUUAUUUAGAGACAAGCCUAGGAGUACAAUACAACGGUUUCAAUUAUGGAUAACAUUACUGAAUAACAAUGAAACUGAUAUGCUGAGCUAUUGAUCACCUUGCCAUGAGUUUCAAUUCAUGACUGUUGCUAAUUGUUUAAUAUUUUAACUUGUUUUGUUUUUUUUAUUUAAGCACAGUACAACUCUAAAAACAAAACUUUUUGUUAUUGUC